CCCCGAAGCUGACAGCUGGCGUAUUACACCCACAGCAUCAGAGAACCCCGAACAAGCCGUUAUCAGUUGGUGUCAACCACGCUCUCCGCAAUCCCCAGAAUGAGAUGAGCUCCAGACAGCGCGCACCGAACCUUGCGCGAACUCCCUCUUCCGGCUCCUUACCGUCUCUGACCCGCCGAUGGUCCGGCAUAUCUACCUCCGAGCUUGGCCAGAAUGCUGAUGAAGCUCGCGCCGCCCAUACCAUCCAGGAGGAGAUCGCGGAGAUCAAGCGCUACGAGGACUUCAGUACCAUCGACUGGGUCCAGGAUGCGGCGCGCGAAACGCUGCGGCGGAGAGCAAGGAAGCAGGGACGGCCGGGCACAUACGGACGGAGCUUUGGAGUGCGGUUGAAAGGUCAGCUGCAGGAGUCGUACAAUGCGGGUCAGGCGUGGCUGGUGGUCAGUCUGAUCGGAGCGGCCAUCGGCCUGAAUGCGGCGUUUCUCAACAUCGUCACAGAGUGGCUGUCCGAUAUCAAACUCGGAUACUGCACGACGGCUUUCUACCUCAAUGAGAACUUCUGCUGUUGGGGGGCGGAGAACGGUUGCGAUGAAUGGCAUCGAUGGACAGGAAUAUGGCCGACCGACUACCUGCUUUACAUUGUAUUUGCGACGCUAUUUGCUUUUACCUCUGCACGGCUUGUUAAGUCGUUCGCCCCCUAUGCUGCUGGUUCGGGUAUAUCCGAGAUCAAGUGCAUUAUUGCCGGAUUCGUUAUGAAAGGUUUCCUGGGAUUUUGGACUCUUCUGAUUAAGUCAAUCAGCCUUCCUUUGGCUAUCGCUGCGGGCCUCUCGGUUGGAAAAGAAGGACCGAGCGUUCAUUUUGCCGUCUGUACGGGGAAUGUGAUAUCGAGGUUCUUCAACAAGUACAAGCAAAAUGCGUCGAAGACGCGUGAGAUCCUCAGCGCUUCUGCUGCUGCUGGCGUAGGAGUGGCCUUUGGCAGCCCCAUAGGCGGCGUGCUUUUCUCUCUCGAGGAAAUGUCCAGUUACUUCCCUCUGAAGACAAUGUGGCGGAGUUAUUUCUGUGCUUUAGUAGCAACCGCUGUCUUGGCUGCAAUGAACCCUUUCCGAACCGGUCAACUGGUCAUGUUCACGGUCAAGUACGACCGCGAUUGGCACUUUUUCGAGGUGUUCUUCUACAUUAUCAUCGGUAUCUUUGGUGGUCUAUACGGCGCUUUCGUGAUCAAGUGGAAUCUCCGAGUUCAAGCAUUUCGUAAGAAGUACUUGGUCAACUAUCCUAUCCUGGAAGCCACCAUAUUGGCCGCGUUUACGGCACUGGUGUGCUAUCCAAACAUGUUCCUUCGAAUCGACAUGACCGAGAGCAUGGAGAUACUCUUUCGGGAGUGUGAAGGGCACGAUUACGAGGGGCUUUGCGAGGCGAGUAACCGAUGGCGAAUGAUACUUUCCCUUGCCAUUUCAACUGCACUGCGAACAUGCCUUGUCAUCAUCUCGUACGGCUGCAAAGUUCCUGCUGGCAUCUUUGUUCCGUCGAUGGCAAUUGGUGCGUCAUUUGGCCGAAUGAUCGGCAUCAUGGUCCAGGCGCUUCACGAAGCUUUCCCAGACGCAAGACUCUUUGCUGCCUGCCAGCCAGAUGUGCCUUGCAUCACCCCGGGCACAUAUGCGUUUCUCGGUGCCGGAGCAGCGCUAAGUGGCAUCAUGCACAUCACAGUGUCGGUUGUCGUGAUUAUGUUCGAACUGACCGGCGCUUUAACUUACAUUCUUCCGACCAUGAUUGUAGUUGGUAUCACGAAAGCCGUCGGCGAGCGAUUCGGGCAUGGAGGGAUCGCGGACCGAAUGAUCUGGUUCAGCGGUAUGCCGUACCUGGACAACAAGGAAGAACAUACAUUCGGAGUGCCGGUCACCAAAGUGAUGACCACAGACCUUACCGUGCUCCCGGCUACCGGCGUCGAAUUCAAAGAGUUGGAAUCCAUCAUGACGGCGAACCAAUAUCAGGGGUUUCCUAUCGUCGAAGAUCUCAAUCACAAAGUGCUAAUUGGCUACAUCGGCCGUACCGAGCUCCGUUAUGCCAUGGAACGAGCGAGACGGGAUCAAACAAUCUCUCCACGUGCGAAGUGUUAUUUCACCCCUUCUGCCGUCCGAAACCCAACAACUCCAUCGUCCUCCACCCCUGCCAUAACCUUCGAUAACCUGCAAGCGACCGCUAGCCAAAUGGCGGUCGACUUCAGCCGCUUCAUCGACCCUACCCCCCUCACCGCACACCCUCGACUAUCCCUCGAGACAGUCAUGGAGCUCUUCAAGAAGAUGGGCCCCCGAGUCAUUCUGGUCGAGCAUCGUGGGCGAUUGAUGGGGUUGGUGACGGUGAAAGACUGUCUGAAAUAUCAGUUCAAGGUCGAGGCCCAGGAGAACCCACGAGACGACUCUUCGGUUGCAGAAACCCAAGAGAGGAUAUGGUUGGUCUUCCAGAAAGUUGGAUCGUGGGUCUCUAGCAGAUUUGGUGGACUGGGUGGACGGAUACGUCCGUUCGGCAGUAACAGGGGUGCUCAUUAUGAUCCAUUAGUUGAACGUCCGUCUCACGAAGGAAGUGAAUUGGUAUCCGAAACCGAGCAUGAGCUUAUGUCUAGAGAUAGUUCUGAACCAUAGAUUUCUAACUAAUGCUAUUUUCCUUCUAAUUCCGG